CAAGGUUCCCCCUAAUGCCCAGGAUAGAGGGGCGGGUAACGACACCAUUCGAUCAUGGUGGUGUAUAUCCCGUCACAGCAACAUGCCGACCAUUCAGCUCCGUUGCUUCCAUCACUUCUUACGUCAAUGGCAGGUCAAGCAAGCAGGCACUGUAAAAGCGCUUGCACUGGCCAGUUUGUUCUCACGGCUAGAGCCUCAAGCUCUCGUGCGCCUCCAUAGCAUCGAAACCUUUCCAGUUGCUUCUUCAUCAUGAGAGACGCAAUGCCUGAUGGAACGGCAUCUUCGGGUGAGCCUGGCCGUUUCACGGCCAGUGAGUCGCAUCACCAUAAGCGACGCAUGAGCCUUGUGGCCAAGGGGAGAUCACACUUUGGCCCUCCUCUCACGAUUUUAUACUUGGGUAUGUCAGUCUCGCUGACAGAUGACGGCGACACGGCGAACCUGGCCAUAGCCGCACACGACGCGACAUACCUCCUGGACUCCUCCGAGGGACGCGUCCGUCUGCGCUCGCACGAUCGGAGUGACCCUGUCACCUCCAAGGACCCCAUCGCCGAGCACGUCAUCCCAGCUCUGGAGAAAUAUGAAAAGGACAACUUCUUCAAGGUUAUUGGCGCCGGCAUACCGAUUGCGCUGCAUGAGCUGAGUCCCACCCUGUGCUCGAAAUUAUGGCUGGAGCUGGAUAUUGUGCCCAUCGUCAUGGAGCCCGAGGGCGCGUCUCGACACAGCGGAUUAUGGAAUGUCAAGAGCCUCGACGAGCAAGCCGAUUCCAUGGGUCGCAAAUGCAUCAUGCACUUUGGCCCAUCACUAGCCCCCCUUUUGCAUGUAGGCUUCAAGGGCCGCGUUCAGACAGAUGCUGCAUUCCGGGCUUGUCUGACGACCUUGGAGAACCAUAGAGAUACGUGUGGCCCAAAGACAUGGGACAGCAUGCUGCACUUUGCUCGCCAGCUCAAGGACGGUAACACGCGGAUCGCCUUCUUCAGCAGCACGCCUCAAGGCGGUGGAGUGGCUUUGAUGCGCCAUGCGCUGGUCCGCCUCUCGCAGCUCACGGGCGUUCAUCUGCGCUGGUACGUGCCCAAACCGCGAGCAGGCGUCUUCCGCAUCACCAAGAAUAUUCACAACAUCCUCCAGGGCGUGAAUGAGCCUGGACAGCACAUCACAUACCAAGAGAAACAACUCAUCGUGGAUUGGAUCGUCGACAAUGCUAAUCGAUACUGGCUCUGUCCAGGGGGUCCUCUCCGACCACCAGGGGAAGGCGGUGCACAUGUCAUAGUUGUCGAUGAUCCUCAGAUGCCGGGAUUGAUCCCUGUCAUCAAGAAGUUGACGCCUGAUCGCCCUGUCCUGUAUCGCUCGCACAUCCAGAUCCGCUCCGACCUCGUGGCUAAAACCGGCUCGCCGCAAGAAGACGUGUGGUCGUACCUAUGGGAGAACAUUCGCCACGCAGACAUGUUCAUUUCGCAUCCCAUACCUAGUUUUGUUCCCAAGGUUGUGCCCAAAGAGAAAGUGGCAUACCUGCCUGCGACGACCGACUGGCUGGACGGCUUGAACAAGCCUUUGAACCGUUUUGAUACAGGAUAUUACGGACAUCUGUACGACAUGCAAUGUCAUGAACAUAGAACGGCUGAACUUGCGUGGCCAGCUCGAAAUUACAUUGUACAGAUCGCGCGCUUCGAUCCAUCGAAAGGCCUGCCUGAUGUCAUUGCCUCUUAUGGAGAGUUCCGACGUCUCUGCGAGCAGGACGGUGUCAUCGACCCUCCCCAACUUUGCAUCUGUGGUAAUGGAUCAAUCGAUGAUCCCGACGCAUCCACUGUCUACGACCAGACGAUGACGCAGCUCGAAACUGACUACCCAGAUCUAGUCCCGGACUGCUCCAUCAUGCGACUCGAACCCAAUGACCAGCUUCUGAAUACUUUGGUCGCGAAUGCCCACGUGGUCCUGCAGCUGUCCACGCGGGAAGGUUUCGAGGUCAAGGUAUCCGAGGCCCUUCACGCAGGACGGCCUGUCAUCGCAACCAAGGCGGGUGGUAUCCCACUGCAGGUCAAGGACCGGGUGAAUGGCUUUCUGGUAGACGUUGGCGAUCACAAGAGCGUAGCGCAGCACCUGCUCGAACUGUUCAGUGAUGACGAGCUGCACAAGAAAAUGAGCCUGGAAGCCAAACGAGGUGUCAGCGACGAGGUCGGCACGGUCGGUAACGCUCUUGCGUGGUAUUAUCUUGGCGCCAAGUGGAGGGAGGUUGGCGCUCGCGGGCUCAAGGCCCAUGGGCGGUGGGUGAAUGACAUGGCCAGGGAAGAAGCCGGGCAGCCAUACCAAAAGGGCGAGAAUAGGCUGCCCCGGAGCUUCACCGAGCAAGCUAGUGCGUGAUUUCGCUGCAGCUACAACCAGAUAGAGUAUUCUUGAAUCAGUAAGGUAUUGAAAACUAGGCUGUAGCUGGCAGAUGGUACAAGUGCUAUUCACAUGGUAAGCAACUGGACGCUUCACU